GAUUUUGGUAUAAGUCCCAAGUUAACAGAUAGGCUGAGUGUGAUGGAAGCCGAAAAUCUAACUCCUGUACCAGAGGCCGCAAUAAAAUAUCAUCAGUUAUCAAGUUCACUGCCGACGAGGGGAGGAGGAUUGCUUGGCGAGUUGAAGAAUACAAGUAAAUUAAACACUACCACAGGAAGUCUUGGCAAAAAGAUUUCAACAUCAGAAGAGAAUAAAAAGAAACGAGAAGACGAGGAACGCAAGAAAAAAGCAGAAAUCCAAGCAACAGCAGCUCAGAGGAGGAUGGAACAUGACAAACACUUUAAAGACGAGGAAGAUAAAACGAAGAGGGACCACGAGAGGGAGCUUGCUGAUUUGAAGGCAAGACUCAGUAAGGAAUUAGAAAAUGCUAAAUUAGAUUUACUAAAUGAUAAAGAAGAUGCUCUCAGAGAAUUUAAACAAAAGAUAAAACAAGAACAAGAUAAAGAAGAACGAGAAAUUGAACAAGAAAGAGACGCAAAUAUUAAAACAUUGAGGAAAGAUGUGAGAGACUCACAUGAAGACGAGGAAGCUAGGCUGCAAGAAAGUAAAUCGGAUUCCUUACGCAAACUACGUGAUAAGAUCCGAAGAGAACAAGAGGAAGAAGAAAAGAAACUUAGAAAUGAGUUAGAGCAGUCAAUGCAAAAACUUAAAGAUGAACUGCAAGAUUUACAAAAGAAUGAUAAAACUAACUUAGAAGAAGAAAAACAGAAAGCCUUGAAUAAAAUCCAGAAAGAAGUGGAAGAAGCUGUCAAAGCAGAGAAGAGAAAGUUGGAAGAGAUGAAAGUCAAGGGAGUGGAUGAAACAAAGGAGAAACUUGACUCUGAUCUGCAGACGAUGAUUGAUGACCUAGAAAAGAAACACUCAAAUAAGAUGGAACAGAAGAGAAAACAAUUGGUGGAAAAACAUGAAAGGGAAAUGGAUGACUUAGUAGCUGAACUCCAAGAAGCACAAUCGGAAGAAAAGAAAAGAGAGGAGUCUAAACUGAGAGCAUCCAGAGAGAAGCAGUCAGCAGUUGAAGAACUUGGUGAAGGGCUGGAAAAUGUACUUAAGGAAAGAAAACAAGAAUUGAAAGACGAACACAGAAAAGAAUUGGAAAAACUGAGGAAGGAACAUGAACGAGAAAUCAAGAAAAUCCGACAGGAGUAUGAAGAAAAAACCUGUAACCAAGUGGAAAGUACAUUCAUUUGGAUCAAUAUUUACAAAGAUAUCACAGAAUAUUGCAAAAUAUCCCACCAAAGUAUUGUGUUCAAAGGUUUAAUAUAUGGUCACAUUGACCUUUACAAAUGGUUGGCAAAACGAACACGAUUAGAGUGA